GAGUGUAUCCGCAUUUUGUUGUGGUCGAUUUCCGGUUUACGGACUCGGGUUGGGUGAAGAACGUUGAGUGCUCGUAAAGUCUAUGAUUUUGCUUGUUAGAAACUAUUGUAGGCAAAGGACGAUGGAUUUUCCUGAAAAAUUCUGCUUCACUACUGAAUGUUCAAAGCCUGGGGUUAUUCCUGAUUUGACGUUUUUGGAUGAUCUCAUGGUCAUCCAUCAAGAAUCCUCUUUAUCAUCUGUCAAGAACCAAGCACCAGCCCCUAACAUCAAAAAACCACCACUUUCAGCAUGUGGAAGUGCCAGACUAGAUCAAUCUUCAUUACUUAUUGAAAGCCAAGAACUAUCUUUGAACACCUUCAGAGCACCAGCAAUAGCAUCAUGCUUACCUGUUGAAAAUCAAACAGUACCCACCAACACCCCCAUGGUACCACUUCCAGAGUGUGGAAACCUGAGACAAGAAUCAUCUCCCAAGGUUUCCACUCUCUUUGUACUAGUAAGGUGUACAGGAACCCUGCCGCCACUAAGCAUCAAGAGACCAAUACCACCCUUGAGUGCAACCAAGGCACUACCUCCAGCAUUUGGAAAUGCCAGACGAGUUUUCCCUCUAUCACUGAGGAAGAGUCAAGGACUGUCCACCAAGGCACCAUCUCUGGUAAAUGGAAACACCAGACAAAAACUCUGUUCAUUACCUGCUGAGAAUCAAGCAUCAAUAUCCAGUACCAGUGAGGGAUUAUCUAUCAAUGCCAAAGAAACAUCAGCUCAACCAUCUGUUGCCAGACAAAAACCAACAUUAAUACCAAACAGGAAAAGGAAAUCUUCACUUCCAUCACAUGCAGAUGGUUCUGUGACCACACUGGCUAGUCCCUCUGCCCUUAGCCACUCCCCUAAAAGAAAAGUCUGCCCUUAUUGUGCUAUGAUUCUGUCAGACAGAUCAAAUUUUCUCAGACAUAUCAAAAGACAGCAUCCUGGCAGAGAAGUUCCAGUGACCGAAGGCACUUGCCUCUGCAUGCUGUGCAAUGUUAAAGCUCUGUCUAUAAAACAUUUGAUUCAGCACUACAAUGAUGCACAUGGAAAAAACAUGAAAAUAAGCAAAAUAGCAUUCAACUGUAAGGAAGAAUUUGAGAAUUUUAAAAAAGAAGCAGAGAAACAAAGUAUGGCUGAUUUUGUAAAAGUUCGUGGGGGGAAAAAAAGUAUUUCAUGUGUGAAGGAAUCUUUUUACUGCUGUCGCUCUGGAGAAGCAAAAUUGGUCAGUGAGUCAGACAGAAAAAGAGCAAAACGAAGUCAAGGUUCCAGAAAAAUUUCUGGUAAAUGCACAUGUUUCAUAACGGUUAAGUAUUGCUGUGAAACAAAGAAAGUAGUGGCUGAAUUUUGUUUAGACCAUAUGGGACAUGAGAAAGCUCGAGACAUGGAGAAUGGGGAAACAGCACACAGAAUGAGGAUGAGAGACAUUAGAAAUAGGCACAGAUCAGCUGUUUCAAAACAUUUCACAGUUGAACACAAAAAGGAAGAUGAGUGGGUGGUGCACUCACCAGAUGAAACGUGUGCAAAGCAGUAUUUUGUUAAAAAGGCAGCACAUGACUCUUGCAAGUGCAAACAGAUUUGUACAGCCUGUGGUGUGUGUUCACUUAUGUUUGUAUGCACUUGUUUUGAUCAUGUUGCUCAAGGUUUGCCUUGCAAACAUAUCCAUGCUGUACAAAUGUCACUUUCAACUGGUCCUACCAUGGAGGCUUUGCCAUCAUCUUGUGAUCAAGGAGGACAGGGAGAUUCAGAGACUGACUUUCUUAAGCAGCAUAAUUCUACUGACAAUGCACAAUAUUGCAACAGUUUUCAAGACUUACGAACAGCUAUUUUGCAUAAAAUAAACGAUUUGAUUGACGUGGUAAAUUCUGCAAUUGAUGAUCAUACCCUGAACAGCAUAAUGAAUACAGUUACUUCAACAAUUACUGCUGCUAAAACUCCAGAGUUGACAAAUAAAAACAAAUCAGCAUUUGAAGUUGCGAAAGUUGAUCCUAAAACACUUUGUCAAACACGCAAAAGACACUUCUCAACAAAAGGAGAUUCUAGAAGGAAACAAUCUAAAUUAUCAGAGAGCAAUCCUUCAGAAGAAGUGUGACAAAAUAUGACUGCCUUAAGUGUAAAAGUAAUGUGUGACUUGUUAUUUUAAAUAUUAUAAGUGAUCAGAGUAGUUUGAGUGAUUGUUGAUGAAUUGUUUAAAAUGUCUUUAGUCCACACAUUCCUGCAUCAUAGAGUUUAGAAAGUGAGCUUUUGAUAAUUCUAUGCUUCUUAGUUCACUGUGCAGUGUAUUUAUUCUGUAGCUAAAGUUUGCCUACAUUUUUAAGGUUUCCAAAGACUUUUAAAUAAAAAUCAAUGUAGAUAAAUUUUUCUCAUUUUCUCCGGUGCACACAAGACCUGACCUCCAGAAUGUAAUUCUCUCAUGGCAUCAGCAAUCGUCAUAAGUUGUUGUGGACACAUGGCAAUAAUGUUCUAAAGUCUGAAAAUACACUGUGCAUAAAGGAUAUAUUUUUCUUAUAGAUACGCUUUUAUGACAAUGGCUUUGAGGAUGGUUUGUGAAGAAUACAUAGUAUAACAGCAGUAUUUCUUUAACAUUCAAUCAGAUAAAAUUAUACAUUAGCUAUUUACAUACAUUUGUGAAGCAUACAUAGUAUAACAUCAGUAUUUCUUUAACAUUCAACCAAUCUCUUAAAAUUAUACACUAGCUGUAUAUAUACAGUUGCAAGUCACACCUCCAAGAGAGAACAUAUUUUAGUUCACUGACUCAGUCACUUGCACUUGGAAAAAAGAUGUGUUUAAGAACUUAAUUCUCAUAUUUCUAGUCUUUGGUUCCUUUAUCUUGGUCAUGGUGUGAAUUCUAUAUUGAGGUUGCUAAAGUCAUUAAGUGUUGCCAAUGUUGGAUACUUUGUAAAAACCUCUGAAAGCAAGAGAUGACAGACUGCUCUUGUCUAUGCUUUCUCUGGUGUUGUACAGAACAGUAACCUUUUUUCUGUGCAAGCUCUAUGUGGUAGCUGUUGCAUUUCUUUAAAGAAUCAUAUGUACAGCAUCUUAUAUGUAUGGUAACUGUGUCAUCAUUAUGUAUUUUCAAACAGAAAUUCUGCGAUCUUGUCAUAAAACGGUAGUCUAUUAAGUCAUUAAAUGAAGUGAAUUCUCAAAAUUUUUCCAGGUUGUGU